GAGCGAGUGAGGGGCUUUCGACACUGAUGCCAGGUGCAGGCUGCAGCUGAGAGCACUCAGGAUGAGUGGGGCUGGAGAGCACACAGACAUCCUGUCAGUGGCAGACGUAGUCAGGGACAGAUGGAAAGUGGUGCGGAAGAUAGGCGGAGGAGGGUUUGGGGAGAUCUACGAGGUUCUGGAUCAGCUGAGCCAGGCCACCGUCGCCUUGAAGGUCGAGUCUGCUCAGCAACCCAAACAGGUGCUGAAGAUGGAGGUGGCCGUGCUGAAGAAGCUUCAGGGCAAAGACCACGUUUGUCGCUUUGUGGGCUGUGGCAGGAAUGAUCGAUUCAACUACGUGGUGAUGGAACUCCAGGGAAGGAAUCUGGCAGAUCUGCGCAGAACAAUGACCCGCGGCACCUUUUCCGUCUCCACAACUUUGAGACUGGGCAAGCAGAUUUUAGAGGCCAUUGAAAGCAUUCAUUCUGUGGGUUUUCUGCACCGUGACAUUAAACCAUCAAACUUUGCGAUGGGAAGACUGGCCAGUACCUGCAGAUGCUGCUAUAUGCUUGAUUUCGGUUUGGCACGUCAGUUUACCACAUCCAGCCAGGAAGUCCGUCCACCUCGUCCUGUGGCAGGUUUCAGAGGAACUGUGCGUUAUGCUUCAAUCAAUGCUCACAAAAAUAAGGAAAUGGGUCGUCAUGACGACCUGUGGUCUCUCUUCUACAUGCUGGUUGAAUUCAUGGUUGGUCAGCUUCCCUGGAGGAAAAUUAAAGACAAAGAACAAGUAGGAAAUCUAAAAGAGACGUAUGACCAUCGACUCAUGCUGAAGCACCUUCCCUCAGAGUUCAGUACUUUCCUGGAUCAUAUCUUGACGUUGGACUACUUCACUAAGCCUGACUAUCAGCUCCUGAUGUCAUUGUUUGAGAACGCCAUGAAAAGCCACAAUGUGCUGGAGAAUGACCCUUAUGACUGGGAGAAAUGUGAUUCAGAGGAUAUGCUGACCAUCACUGCCGCAGCAACCACUGCUCAGCAGCUUACUCGCCUCACACCAGCAUACUUGGGCAUGGCCAAUGCUUCAGUGCUGCCGGGCGAGCUGCAGAGAGAGAACACUGAAGAUGUCCUGCAAGGGGAGCGCCUCAGUGACGCUGACAACUGCCCCCCCAUCCCCACACCGACCACCCCUGGUGGAGAUGUAUGGGAAGAGAUGGACCGCAACCGAAACCAUAAACACGCACAGCCGAUGAUCAGAAAGGUGGUGAGUGAGGAUGAACAUAGUCAGAACCAGGGGAACCAAAGUCCCAACACUGGCUCCAUGCAGAGUUCUCCCCGACGAGUGCGAUCAGAGACCAUGUUUUUGGAACGAGCUGCGCCGCUGCUCCGGAGGAUGAGACACAGCCAGAGCUUGGCAUUCGAAAAGAGGCUCGCACCCGAACCAAAGCCCACCAUCGAACGUUUCCUUGAAGCCUACUUGGGUAAACAGCGUCCUGUCCUGUCUCAUGUUGGGGAGAAAUGCAUUCCUGAGAAGUCACAUGGGCAGCAGACGCCUUCCUGCAACGAGGAGCUCUCGGGCACGGCGACCCCGGACCAAGAGGAGGGCGCCGCAAGCAGCGGCUUUGUUGCUGUAAACUUCAGUCCUGUGCCCCAGGAGGGAGACUCUCAGGAGUGGGUGAUGCUGGAGCUAGAGCAAGGCAGCGGUUCUGGAGGGAGCAAGCCUCCAGCAGAAGCCCUGCAUGAGGACAAGCCAGGAACCCACACUACUGCUGAAACUGAGAACCACUCCUCUGAACCUCAGGAUGGUCAGAACACCGCAGUGCCCAGCAGCCCUGUCCUGUCGCAGAUGGCCAUGCCCGGCACGUGGUUGCUGGGCCACAGGAGGCUACCAGGGAUGUUGGGACAAAUGCCUUCAGUCAUGGUGGGAAGAACCCAGAUGGACCAGUCCUCCAGCUGUGCACUGCAGUCGCCUGUACAGGAGAAAAGUGACGCAAUACCGCUAGAGGCGCCGUCUGGUAAAUCUGAGGAGGUCACAGAGGAAAUCUUAAAGGAUGGAGAGAGGUUAGACUUGGCUUCAGUGCCAAGCCCAGCCAAAGGCCCCACGGCUCACCUGACCAACGACAGAGACCCAGAGAGUGAUUCUGGUCUGCCUGAUCGCUCCUCGGAGCCAAAUCAGCAGCCUCAAGCUGACGCAGGAGGAGGCGCGAUGGAGAGCACCGUCACCGUCUCCUCCUCUCCACCUCCGGCUCUGCUCAGGCGAAGAGACUCGCCGUCAUCGCCAAGGUUGAGCCGGAUCCCUGUGCGAGAACCCGGCAACCCCCUGGACUCUCCCAGCAGAGACCUGAACUUGGAGAGGCGUCACCGCUGGAGCAGCCCCGUCCCCGGCUCCCCCACCCACUCGCCUUCUCCAUCGCUGUCCUGUGACAACCUGCCCUGCGCUCUGCCCAGAGACCGGCUCUCCUCAGAGAGAGGCUCCAAAUCCGACUGUGCGGGAGAAGACCCUCUCUCCCUGUCCUCCUCUUCAGGAAGUAGAAGUAAGAUCCCUCGUCCUGUGAGUGCCACGUUCAUACCGGAGCAGCUCACGAGCAGGUUUCUGCCUCGACCGCCGCCUGGGAAGCCACCCAUCCGCCCAUGUGUGGACAACAGACGGCGGCGGUUGAGGGUUCGUGCCAGUAGCACCAGUGACGCAGACUUCCUGGCCAGUCUGACCCAGCUGAUGCAGGACCGCGGCGGGAUGCUCUUCAGCCCUCCCCCUCGCCCUCGCAGCUCCUCCUCCUCCCUGCAGCGCUCGCUAAGCUCCUCCCCCUCCCGCCAGGAGCUCCGCGAGGGCGGCGCGCUGCCGGGACGCAGCCGCUCCCCGUCCAGUUUCUCGGGCUCCCCUCCGCCUCGGCACGCUCACCCGCAAGACAGGCCCAGCGGGCAGGGUCAGUGGGGCCACGUCUCCAGGGGAAGAGGUCUGAUCUACGAGGGCAAAGGCCCCGGCAAAGUGACUCGAUGACUGUAUUUUCACACUGACUGAUCCGGAUCGUGCAACUGUAGCGAGAGGCUGCCUCACAGCCUGUCCCUGAUAGCAUGUGUAAAUACGGUAUUUACUCAAGGGAAUGUACUGUAUGUAAUGUAAAAUGUAUGAUAAAUUGUAUUUAUUUAUUUAUUCAUUUGUUGGAUGUGUCUCAGAAAAAUACUUGACAUUGUGGCUUGAUACCUGCAGCUGAAACGGAAACGUUACGAAAAUGUUGAGAUUGCCAACUCUUACCUCUCAUUUCACUCCUCUCUUAACACUACAUGUAGGCCUACUAUGAGACCAAAAAGAUCUUGUUUAAUACUUGAGGGAUGUAAAAAUGAUGCUAACUGUAGAUAUGUACCAUUAGAAAAAACCAAUGGUAUACACUAAUAGGAACCAUAUACUCACAUUAAGAACACUAUAAUAGUAAAUGAUACCACGAGCAGUAUACCAACAUCAGCAUUCAUGUACAGAACCAGGGCAUGCAGCCCCAUAUUGACCUCACUCCUGUAAAACUGCUAGAUUAAUUAUAGUAUGUAACAAUGAAUUGAUCAUUUUGGCAUAUCACAGUGUAGUCGUGUGCUUUUACUUUGCUAGAAUAUAUUUGUCAUGCAAAAGGCAUCAGCAUAUUAGAAUGUACAUGUUAAGUGCACUCAUUCUUAAGUAUUGUAAACGUGCAUGAGUGUCAUUGCAAAUGAUUUUUUAAAAUAAUUUAUUUAUUUGUACAAUCAGCUAAAGCAUCUGUAUUUUUAUCGAACUGCUUCUGAUCAAAAUACGUCAUAGUAGAGACCAGCAGACUUGCAUUUUUGUUUCCCAUGAAAACAAAGAAACUAUGAGCGCUCAUGCUGAACCACGAUUUAGUUUUAUGUUCGUAUAUCAUUUUAAUAUGUAUUAAAAGUACACUGAUGAGACACGACAUUAAAUCUACCUGUCUGAUAUUGUGUAAGUCCUGCUCAUGCAGCCGGGCCGUGGGCGCAGAACUUGUGGUGCUGGCCGGUGUCUCAGACUAGGAUGUUGGCAGUGAAUUCUUUGGGUCUUUGGGGUUUCGGGGCCUUCGUGGAUCAGACUUGUUCUGGUAAAUCCGAUGGAUGCUCAAUUAAAUUGGGAUCUGAAGAUUCAA